GACGGCAGGCUUUCCCAUCCUUCCACUCCUUACUAUCUCUUCAUUCAGUCCUGCAGGUCGUAAUGUGUACAACAAUCAAUCUACGAUAACAAGACUUUUCUUCUGCCGGCAUCACAGAUAAAUCUGGAUCAACUGGGGGUUAAUUUGGUGUCUUACAAGAGAGCAGAAUGUCUAAUAACAUGGCUAAGAUUGCAGACGCGCGAAAAACAGUGGAACAACUGAAACUGGAGGUUAAUAUUGACAGAAUGAUGGUAUCUAAAGCAGCGGCUGAGCUGAUGGCUUACUGUGAGUCUCAUGCAAAAGAGGACCCCCUGGUGACCCCCGUACCAUCCUCAGAAAACCCCUUCAGAGAGAAAAAGAUAUUCUGUACCAUUUUGUAGAUGCUAUUUAUAACAUACGGUUAAGGUUUAUUUUGUUAUUUUCGAGAUAUCUCCAAGACCUUAAAGGGACAAACACAAAAAUUGCAAUUCUGUCAUUAGGCUAAUAACUCACCCUGAUGUCGUUCCAAACCUGUAAGGCCUUCAUUCAUCUUAGGAACACAAAUUAACAUAUUUUUGAUUAAAAUCGAGAGCUUUCUGAUUCUGCAUAGAGAGCAAUGUAACUCAAAUGAUCCAGAAAGGCAGUGAUAUUCAUUGUAGUUUUAUGAAGAAUUCUUUUUGUAUGCAAUUUUUUUUAUUUUUGUUUUAUUCAACAAUUCUUCUCUGAUGAAAUUUUAAAUAUGCCCUUACUACAGAACAUUUCAGUUGCAUUGCUCUCUAUGCUCUAUGGAGGGCCAGAUUUCAUCAAAAAUAUCUUAACUUGUGUUUCUGAUGAAAAUUAACGAGAGAAUUUUCUUUUUUGGGGUCAACGAUCUCUUUAAGCCAAAUGUUUCAUUGAUCUCAUAAAUGCCACUCAAAUGUCAACAAAUGUGAAUAAUCUCUAAACGUCCGAAUAUGUUUUGGGCUACAAGAACAACUUUCUUUGUGUUUUGGAAUUUUCAUCCAUCCAGGUCAUCGUUUAAUUAUAUUUCUUCCUACAUGAAUAUAUUAUUUUUCCUCACGGUGGCGCUACAGUUUUAAAAGGUUUGUUAACCUGCAUUCAUCCGUACCGCCGCUGAGUGUUUAGUGAGGUUUCUCAGCCUACAUAACAGCAAUAAAACAAGAGAGAGCAAAGUU